UUCACUCUCUUCAUCCUCAUUGCACUCUCCACUUCCCUAUCUGAUCAGAUAACAUAUCUUCAUAGCCACCAUCCAUGGCCGCCGCUACUCUCACCUCCUCCCUCUCCUCUAAACUCAAACCAUCGUUCUUCGAUGCCAAAUCAUCCUUCAAUGGAACGCCCGUUCCUUCUCGCGUCCAGGCCGUCAAGGCUUCCUCUCACAGCCUCUCAGUCUCUGCAUCUUAUAGCUUUGAUUCCUUCAAGUUUCAGCCCAUCAAAGAAUCCAUCGUGGCGCGUGAAAUGACCCGGAGAUACAUGAUGGACAUGAUUACCUACGCCGACACCGACGUUAUCGUGGUCGGAGCCGGAUCCGCGGGGCUCUCCUGCGCCUACGAGCUCAGCAAGAACCCCAACGUCCGCGUCGCCAUUAUUGAGCAGUCGGUCAGCCCCGGCGGCGGCGCGUGGCUCGGAGGGCAGCUGUUCUCCGCCAUGAUUGUGCGGAAACCGGCGCAGAUGUUCCUGGACGAGGUGGGCGUGGAGUACGAGGAGCAGGACAACUACGUUGUGAUCAAACACGCGGCGCUCUUCACCUCCACCAUCAUGAGCAAGCUCCUGGCCCGGCCGAACGUGAAGCUCUUCAACGCGGUGGCGGCGGAGGAUCUGAUCGUGAAGAACGGGAGAGUGGGCGGGGUGGUCACUAAUUGGGCUCUGGUGUCGAUGAACCACGACACACAGUCUUGUAUGGACCCCAACGUUAUGGAGGCUAAGGUUGUCGUGAGCUCGUGCGGCCACGACGGACCGUUCGGCGCCACCGGUGUUAAGCGGCUGAAGAGCAUCGGAAUGAUCGAUUCCGUGCCCGGAAUGAAGGCCCUCGACAUGAACACCGCCGAAGACGCCAUCGUUAGGCUCACCAGGGAGAUUGUUCCCGGGAUGAUCGUCACCGGCAUGGAAGUCGCAGAAAUUGACGGAGCUCCAAGAAUGGGGCCAACAUUUGGGGCGAUGAUGAUAUCAGGGCAGAAGGCGGCUCACUUGGCGUUGAGGGCAUUGGGAGAGGCAAAUGCGUUGGAUGGGAGUGCGAGAGAAGUUGCAGCGCCGGAGCUCAUCCUUGCAUCCGCCGAGAAUGAAGAAAUUGCUGAUGCUUAAGACUUUAGAUCAUGGAAAUUGUAUGAAUAAUAAUAAUAAAAUUGUUGCAGAGGAAUGAAGGGGACAUGAAGCCUUGUAGGUUCUCUGUAUAAUUGGAGACCGGAGGCUGAUUGAGAUUUAGAUCGAAUAUUCGAAUGGAUAUGCAUGGUUGCCCACUUGGCUGUUUAUGUUGUC